UCAGCAUGGUUAGGCGCUUUAGCAUAUGGUAUAAUGAAACUUUUUGGACCAAUAACUGGUUUGUUUGUGAUGCGGUUUAACAACCGAGCUGCUCUGAUGCUUGGGUGUUUUCUUUGCUCUGUCUCGACUCUUGUUUCGUCUUUUAUAGUCUCGAUGGAAGUUUUGUAUGUUACAUAUUCUGUUAUGUAUGGAAUUGGAGCUAGUCUUGUAAUCAACUGUGUCAUGGUUUUAGCUAAUUCCUAUUUUGAUAAACAUUUGGGUUUUGCAACCGGUUUGGUUUGUUCCGGGAGUAGUAUUGGAGCAUUAGUACUGGCUCCAUUGUCUCACUUUAUAAUACAGACAUUUGGAUGGAGGAUGGCAUUUCGUUUUUUUUCUGCAACAUUUGUUUGCGUUGGAUUUUUAAAUUGUUGUGUCAAACCAAUAAAGAGAAAGAGAAAGGGAGACUAUGAACAAGAUAAAAACAAUACGAUCGAAAAUGAAAUGUCGUUUGAGGCUAAGGUGUCUAAACGUCCGUCUUUGUUCAGAAACAGAGCCUUUAUUUUAUGGGUGAUUGGUACAGCAUUCGGAAUGUUUGGAUAUUUAGUACCAUUUGUGCAUUUAGUAUCGUAUGGUGUUACUAAUGGAAUACCAGUAUCUAAGUGUACGUAUUUUGUAAUGGUAUUAAGUGGUGCCACGACAAUUGGGAGAUUGGUAUCAGGUCGCAUUGUCCAAAAAGGUUACUUAAAUAGUUUACACUUCAUUCAAUUGUGUAUGAUUGUUAUUGGAGUACUCUUUAUGAUUCUGCCUACUAUCACUAGCUUUGCAGGACUACUACCGUUUAUCGCCUUUCUUGGUUUAGUCGAUGGUUGUUAUGUUGUUUUGUUACCAAUGGUUACCUGUUCAUUGGUUGAUUAUAAUGAUGCCAUAUUAGCCUGGGGAAUGUUAGCAGGUACUUGCUCUCUGUCUGUCACCAUAGGACCUCCUGCUGCUGGUGCCUUAUUUGAUAUAUACGGUAAUUAUAAUAUCGCGUUCCAUGCUGCUGGGGCUCCUGUUAUCUGUGGUGCUCUAAUACUUUUCUUCAUACCAUGG